AUUGGUCCCCGGGAGGUGGGAGGCGGGCGUGGGCCCCGGUCGGCGGGUCGGUGACCUUGAGUCCGUCGGAGGCGGCGAGCGCGCAGCGGGCCUGGGGCGCCAUGUCAUUCUGCAGCUUCUUCGGGGGCGAGCUUUUCCAGAACCACUUUGAGCCGGGUGUCUACGUGUGUGCCAAGUGUGGCUAUGAGCUGUUUUCCAGCCACUCAAAGUAUGCUCAUUCGUCUCCGUGGCCGGCAUUCACUGAGACCAUCCAUGCUGAUAGCGUGGCCAAAUGUCCAGAGCACAAUCGACCUGAAGCCUUGAAGGUAUCCUGUGGCAAAUGUGGCAGCGGGUUGGGCCAUGAGUUCCUGAACGAUGGCCCCAAGGCAGGACAGUCCCGGUUCUGAAUAUUUAGCAGCUCGCUCAAGUUCAUCCCUAAAGGCAAGGAAUCUUCUGCCUCACAGGGGCACUAGGCGGGCAGCCCUCACCCACACCAGAUGGACAUGGCACCGUGCCACACUCUGGCCAUCCCACCCAGGAAUUUGAACCACAGAUGUCCAGACAGGAAGACAGGGUGGGGGCAGCCGAAACAUCACGAGGCUUCCAAGGCUCCAGCUCUGACCAGGAUCUCCUUGGAAAAGGCACCUGUUUUUUGACCCUUCUGCGGGACUGACCUCGGGCCGGGGCAGCGCUAUCGGUCAUCUUAGCCUCCCGCUCACUUGAGAGCUUUCUGGAGGUGGGCCCUAGGCCUAGCUGGUCUUUGUGUGACAUUUCGUGGCCCCCUUCUCUUCUGCUCGGCCUGCUGCCCCUCCCUGUCUCUGGAGUAACCCUGUGAGCCUAGUUCCAAGGCAGACGCUGGUCUUCUGACGUGUAUGCCCAACUCCCAGGCCAUUCGGGAGACAGAGUGCUCACAGAGGCUGCCCUGGCCGGCUGCCCCAGCCCUGGUCACUUCAUGACCUGCUCUGGUGAAACCCUUCCAGACCAGCCAGAGUGGUGAUGGUCUGUGACCCACUCGGGGAGCCGGCCAAGGGGGCAGACCCUCGGUCUCUUGAUGAAGGGGAGCCUGACCCCUGUUUCACAAACUGUGUGGAAGUAGUCCACCUCUGUCGGGCCUCGGAAGUGGCUGUUGCUCCCGACCUCAUCCAGCACAGGGCUGGGGCCCUGGGGCUCCCACCCUGUUCUGCUGGGGACGGGAGCUCUGUGGGUCACACCUGCAGACAUAUUCCCUCCCAGGAUUCAGAGACCGUGCUGUACUGCAUAUGCUCUUGCCCAUGCGGGUGAUGCUGAAGUCCCCCUGUCUUGAAUACUUUCUGGAUUUAUCAGUGGAAAUCAAUAAACAAAUUAAACCCAG